UGCAAAUUGGGCACAAAUAAUUAGCAUAUAAUAUAGAUAUAUUUGAAAAUGGCUAUCCACUCAUCAAAUAAUAAUUACUUCUACAUUAUGUUUAUUUGUUCCCUAUUAUUUGGCAUAUGUUCAUCUCAGCUAACAUCAAAUUUCUAUGAUUCAACAUGUCCCAAGGCACUCUCAAUAAUCAAAUCUGCAGUGGCCAGUGCAGUGGCGAAAGAGCAUCGAAUGGGUGCAUCGUUGCUUCGUCUUCAUUUCCAUGAUUGCUUUGUUAAUGGAUGUGAUGCAUCAAUUCUAUUGGAUGACACUUCAACAUUUACCGGAGAGAAAACAGCGGCUCCAAAUUUGAACUCUGUUAGAGGAUUUGAUGUAAUUGAUAACAUCAAAUCUCAAUUGGAGAGUGCUUGUCCUGGAAUUGUUUCUUGUGCUGAUAUUCUCGCUAUUGCUGCUCGUGAUUCUGUUGUUUCAUUGGGUGGUCCAUCAUGGAAUGUUGGAUUGGGCAGAAGAGAUUCAACAAGUGCAAGCAAAGAUGCAGCAACUAAGGAUAUUCCAUCCCCUCUUUUGGAUCUUAGUGGCCUCAUAACUGCUUUCUCCAAUAAGGGUUUCACCACUCAAGAGAUGGUAGUCCUCGCAGGAGCUCAUACAACAGGACAAGCAAGAUGCCAAAUAUUCAGAGGAAGAAUCUACAAUGAAACAAACAUUGACACAAACUUUGCAACAUCAAUGAAAUCAAAUUGUCCAAGCAGUGAUGGAGACAGCAACCUCACAGCACUUGAUGUCACAACAAAUGUGCUUUUUGACAAUGCUUACUUCAAGAACCUUGUCAACAACAAAGGCCUUCUUCAUUCUGAUCAGCAGCUCUUUAUUAGUGGCGGUUCCACUAACUCUCUUGUCACUAACUAUAGCAACAGUUAUUCAGCUUUCUUUGCUGACUUUGCUAGUGCUAUGGUCAAAAUGGGAAAUUUAAGCCCUUUAACUGGUACAACUGGCCAGAUUCGUGCCAAUUGCACCAAAGUUAAUUAAUUUAAACAUUGUUAUUAGUAGAAAAUCACUAUAAAAGAAGUGGGUUAUAGUCACAAAAGAAAUUGUGGCUAAAAUCUGACAAAACCAUAGUUACAACACUUUUGUCACGCAUUGAGUGAUGAAUAUUGAGUAAUAGAUAUAGUAUGAUUUACGAGAAGAAUGAUCAUAAAAGUCAAAAUCGCUUUAUGUAUUAUGGUUUUCUUUCUCUAUGAUUAAUGUCUACUUAAUUGU